AUGCAGACGCGUGAUAAUCUCAUCAGCUUCUCUCCCGUCGACUUCACGCCGCCGCCGCUGCCUAUCCGUAGCGGCGGAAGUGGGAAUGUAGGGGGCGUAGGAAGCGCAGCGGAUACAGCGGGUACAACAGACACCGCUAGCAACAGAAGAAACAGCAUCACGCCUCCUCCACCUCCCCUCCCACUCAGGAAAGGGAGCGGUAGCAGCACGUCGAGCAUCCAUGCCACCGCUAGUGCACUCAGCAGACCUCAGCCAGCUACACCUGCGCCAGCGAGUAAAGUAAAAUCAAGCAUACCCAUUAUGCCCCCGCCUGCGCGUAUCAAUAGCCCCGGAAGCAGUCUGCGCGGAGGACCUAGUAAUACGUCACUAAAUAGAAUAACCGAACGGAGUCGAUCGGGCAGUGUAAAUAGCACAUCUAGCACACCACAAUCAAUACGCAAUUCUCCUGCUCCUAGCUCGAUAUUCAAAUUGACGCAGCCGACUCCUAUCGACAAAAUCCGCUAUCAGAGUCUGUAUAACAGACUUAUGGAAAGGCAAAGUAAGGCAAGCGAUAGGGGUGCGUUGGAUGUCAGAAUAGUGAGAAGAGUUUGGAAAGCUUCAAAAUUAGAUAAUGUAUACUUGGACACUCUCUACAACAACUGCAACACACCAAACAAAGAAAUGGAUGCAAAUACAUUCACCAAAUCAUUAGCCACUAUAGAUUCGGAGCUGAGACGACGCAAGUCAUAG